UCAAUCAACAAAAAAUUGCAGACAAAAAUGUGUAAUUAAAAGAAAAAUAUUUAGUCUAAUAUUGAAAACAAGCCAAUUAAGACCUGACUCGUCAGGACAACAUCAAAUUAUGAAAAUUUUACUACUACUCUCAUUCUAUGGAUUAUUUACAAUUCGGGCUACUUAUGCACAAUCGUCUGGAUCAAAUAAUGUUUUCAAACCCGAUUUCGGAAAACAAAACCAACUUUAUAAAGUGGUCACACAAAAUCAUGGUCUUUUGGUGAAAAAUCAUGUGAAACCCUUAGGACCACUGCCACCGCCUGCAGAUACAGCUGAGAUUUUAGAAAAUCCCACAACUAGUAAAAUAUUUUUUAAGCCCAACUUUGGUAAACAAAAAGAGAUAUUUAAAGUUUCACCAAAUAUUGGGGGACUAUUGGUUAAAAAGCAUUUGAAUGCUUUAGGUCCUUUGCCAAACAAACAGUUGCCAUUAAGUUUUACUGCAAAGGAAAUUUCAGUUAUGGAAAUAUCGAAUAAUACUACAGAUUUUGAAACUGUGCUAGAACACAUACCACCAGAAGAAUAUGUCGAUAUAAAUUUUGGGGACUUAAUAAUAGAGGAAUUUUCGAAUGAUACGACGAAUGAAAUUGCGGAACUUACAACCAGUAUUGAUUACGAUGAGGAUUGGUUUACAGAGAAUUUGGAAUCAGAAGAUUUACUUCCAGUAUAGUUGUACUUUAAUAUAUAAAAAUUUAUUAAUAAAUUAAGCAAAAUCGAA